AUGUACAUACAAUUUUUCAAGGAUAAUCGGCCCCACUCCGAGCAGAUCAUCGACGGUGAACUUUUGCAGACCCUCCACUAUGAAAUUCUCGGUGAGUUCCAGAACUUGCCCGGAUUGCAUCAUGCCGAAGAAAAGCCAAUAAUGUGGACACUUUUUGUUUACGCGGCAGUGCGGCAGUGCGGCAGUGUGUAG